AAUGUUCAGUUAUCUAAUAAGAUGUAUGCGCUCCUCUAAAGAAGGCCGGUGCAACUAUGCGUUCAUUUGAUGACUCCAGCUGAUUUAGAACAGUUCGUUCGAAGCCAUGCAGCCAUCUAUUGUAGAACCAGCUGAUUGACAGGGUUGUAGCGUGGGGAAUAGAAGUGGUUUUCCGACUGAUCAUUUAGAAGGGAAAUGCUGCACGGCCAUCAACGCCCAUUAGAGUUACUGUAGUGGCCUUUGUUUAUUUUAGUACAUGGUGGUACAUGCAGCCGUGACAUGUUAAAAGAGCGUAGCAUUAUAACCUAAGAGAGUAUGACGCUAAAAAAUUAUGAAGGUGGUAUGACUAACAUACGAUGUGCUCCAGCGUUAGGUCCCAUGAUCACUGAUUGAAGAGAAAAGAAAGACUGAUUUGUAAAUCAUGUUCGCUUCAACGUUCACGCCCGAAUCGCAGAAGUUCAUAUUGCAGCUUAAUCUCGACCAGAAAGCUGUUAAGGAGAUGCUUCGAUCUCUUCCUUACGCCCAUUUGCGAUCUGUAUCGUUACCAUUAGAGCUUCGUGGAAAAGCGAGUUAUUAUGCCGAAAUGGUCGAAAUCGCCCGACAUCAAUCGUGUCCACACUACGGUCGAUAUACUUACCCAAGCAACACGUCUAACGAGUGCAAUAUAGAAAUCAGUGCCUGCGUUCGUUUGGAGAAUCCGGAAGAAUUUUACGAGGCAAACGGGCUGAGCCUUACCCAGGGUGAUGGAAGUAUGCUCGACAGAGCUCUUGAAUUGGAAGCAUCGCUAAGCGAAGCAACAGUCAAGUGUGAUAUCACCUUACACUCUGUUCAGGCUAUGAACUCCUUUUAUGCAGACUAUAAGAAUGGACUCCUCGAUAUAUCAUUUCGACAAGCAAUACUAGGAAAUCCACCUGACCAACAAAACAGGGAAGCGGGUCAGCCGCGUUACUCUGUCAAAGUUGGUCUCAAUGAUCGAAUAUUCGCUGCAGAAAAGGACCGACUUAUGGCUUUAGAAAAAACAGCAGCUGAAAGGAAGCAGAGUGGACAUUAAAUCUAUGAAUCAUUUAUCAAUCUUCAAAUAUUUGUAUGGUCGCGUGUUUAGUUUAGUGAAAUAUAUAUGUACAUAGCGCAUGAUGCUCCGUUUCAUGUUGGAAAGGAAUGCAUGCUCCACUACAACUUCUACACAUUAAUUGUACGGUAGCCUAGAUUUCCAGGCAAAAGUAAGGUUCCGAGUUAGGUAUGAUUUUUCACACACAAAUAACCUGUGGAGAACAAUCGAAAGCUUGCGGAAUAUAUGUAAUGACAACCGUUAGAAAUAAAAAAACACAAAACUGACAAAAAGUAAAUUCUAGAAUUCUUUAAGUGAUGCCCUGUGGACGCCGAGUGUAAACGUAUUUCCAGAUCCUGAUUGACAAAUUGGUCGGAAAUAAGCAAAAACAUCAACGAGAAUUUUUUUUACAAUAAGUGAACUAAAAGAUCUCAGUUUAUAGUAUACUUCUCAUUUUUGGAAAGUUUAUAGUAUAGUUUUCAUUAUUGGAAAUAACCUCAGAUGCUUAUCUCUAAUGUACAAUUUGGUUUUGUUGACUAUGAAGCAAAGCUAAAAGUAACGAUUGGAUCUCGUAUUAAAUCAGGACAUAGAUCUAAUGUUAAGUUGAUGAAUAUAAAAGAAAAGUCCGAUACACUCGCAUGAACUUAUUUUUCUAGACCUAGAUAUCAUUGAGUCGCACUAAACUUAUUGGCAAUUUGAGUUGUAAGAUUUAUUAUAAUGGAAAUAUAUGUAUCAUGGAGAACUCAAGAAUUAUUGCCUGUCCCUUUGUAGGAAAACGUAUGGGAAUGACUUUUUAACUUAUAAAGAAAAUAAAACAUAACGUUUACAUUAAUUUAUUUUUUCAA